UUCACCAAUAAGGACAACAGAUUAACAAUGGAACCAUCAAAAGAGUUUGUAUUCAAUUACAAAGGGUUUUAUUUUGGUGUAAAUACUACACUUGAGUAUGUAUCUACCCUGGAGGAUUUUGAGAUCAAAGACAGUGACAUAUUUAUAGCUACUUACCCCAAAUCAGGAACUGUGUGGACUCAGAACAUUUUGAGUUUAAUAAUGAAUGAAGGCCACCGUAAUGGAACAGAAAAUGUGGAGAACAUGGACAGAAUCCCAUGGCUGGAAUACAAUGUAAAAGAUAUGGAUUAUACAAAAUUUCCUACACCUCGUACUUUUGCCACCCACUUGCCUUACUACUUAGUUCCAAGAGGCCUGAGGAACAAAAGAGGACGUAUUAUUUAUGUUUCCAGGAACCCUAAGGAUGUUAUGGUUUCUUAUUACCACUUCUCCAAAUACAUGACCACGCUAGAGGAAAUACCAGAUUUUAACCUUUUCAUGGAGAGAUUUUUAGCAGGCAAAGUACUUGCCAGUUCAUGGCUGGAUCACGUUUCAGGCUGGUACAGCCAUGCAGAGGAUUUCAAUAUACUCUUCCUUACCUAUGAAGAAAUGAAAAAGGAUCUCAGAAGUGCUGUGUUGAAGAUCUGCAACUUUAUAGGCAAGAAGCUGAGUGAAGAGGAAGUGGACAGUGUUGUGAGACAGGCUACCUUUGAGAACAUGAGAAAAGAUCCCAGGGCAAACUAUGAGAACCUGCCAGAUGAUAUUGUAGCGAAAGACAAGGGUUCUUUUCUACGAAAAGGUACUGUUGGAGACUGGAAAAACAUCAUGACAGUGGCACAAAAUGAAAGGUUUGACGAAGUUCUUAAAGACAAAAUUAAGACCUUGCCCAUCAAAUUCAUCUGGGAUAUUAAUGAUGAAAUGUAG